AUGCUGGCCGACAACACUUCAACCUCGCCCAUUCGAGGCCCAACACCGACAGCCCGACAGCCCGUGAAAUCAGCUCGUUCUGAUCAAAUAGCCAUGUUUGCUCGAGUAACAUCCUAUCCGCCCCUGGGUCAAAUGACCUGUGUCCGACGACCUCAGCAAGCUGGUACUAAGGACAUGCUGCGAUUUACCGUAACGGUUGAAUUCAGCAGCUCGUUCCCCGACCAGGACUGGGAAGCGCAGAUCUGGCACAACAUCACUGGUCCUGAAUGGACAGCCCUGCAAUUACAAGAAUGCAGCACAGAACAUGCAUCAUUACUAACUGGUCGACAAUGUGAUUAUCACUACCAUCGUCACGCUUUCUCGGGAGAGAUUACCUUGCCUUCGACAGGGGGCCAUGCGCAAUUCACAGCCCGGUUUCGCACCGGCAUUGAUUCAGAUUGGCAGUGGGCUAAUCAGAAGCAUUCUGUGAAUGAUGGUGAGAUUAUCUACUGCCCCCAGAGUUCUGGGGUCUCUGCGAUAGCGUCCGCCGAAAACUUGGGCUCAAAGCCCAGAGAGCACCUCGGAAAAUAUGUCAAUAACCUAUCGGACGAGGUGGAGAUUGUUUCACGAUCUAGUGAGGCACCUGGGGCUCUGCUAUGGUCUAUCACGGGCGAUGUAGCCCCGGCCAAUGAAAAGACAUCCUCGUUUGAACAAAUUGUCCUGGGUACUCCUUCAUCGACCGCGAGGUAUCUUUCCCUUGUGCGGGUUUGGAGCCCAUGGCUGGGGCCUAGGCAUGGAAGAGAAAAUUUUCAACUCACUAGAGAUGCUAUAAUUUGCUCUUUCUUACGAACGGAUAGGGUGCAUCUCGUCUUCUUGGCGGUAUCAGGAAUUAAUGACAUACUAACUGUCUUCCGGUCGGGCCCAGAUGGCGAGCUCGUCGUCAACGCGAGGAGCGACAAUACGGACCCUUCAAGCUUCCAUGUGCUGGUAGCAGCUGCAGAAGACUUUGAAGUAGCGAUGUGUGCUGUUUCCUACGAAGCACGGAAAGUCGUCAGACCGUUCGCUGAAACCUAUGAUACUCCACUCGAGGAGCCGGCUCCAUUGUCCCCGCCUGGAGACGACGUGGUCAUCGUGGAAAAGGAUCCGACUGCUCAGUGGUUGUCGGAGUGGUUUGAUGGUUUAACAUAUUGCACCUGGAAUGGCCUCGGGCAGGAGCUCACAGAGCAAAAGAUCCUGCACGCUUUGGAUUCACUCAAAGAGAACGGAAUCAAUAUAGUGAAUCUGAUCAUCGAUGAUGGAUGGCAGACAAAUGACAACGAAGGGCAAUCACAAUUCAGGCGAGGCUUGAAACGAUUUGAAGCGCAUUCACAAGGAUUCCCCAAAGGAUUGAAACAGACUGUGGAUUCGAUUCGCCAAAGAAACCCUCGCAUCGGACACAUCGCUGUCUGGCAUGCCUUGCUCGGGUAUUGGGGAGGUAUUUCACCAAAUGGCGACCUAGCACGGAUUUUCAAGACCAAGCAAGUCAAGAUCAAAGACUCUGCAGCCCAUGGUCCCAUUGCCGAGAAUCUACCGGAGGGAGAAAUUGUCACCAUUGACCCUGACGAUAUUCAGCAUUUCUACAACGAAUUCUAUCAAUAUCUCAGUUCGGCUGGUGUCGACUCAGUCAAAACUGAUUGCCAAUUCUUCCUCGACCUGCUAGAAGAGCCCGCAGACCGCAGAAGAUUCAUGACCUCCUACCAAGACGCAUGGUCUAUCGCCUCACUUCGGCAUUUUGGCACUCGAUCGAUCUCAUGCGGCUCAAUGACACCACAAAUAAUGUUCCAUUCACAAAUGCCAACCAACAAACCAACUCUACCCUUGCGAAACUCCGAUGACUUCUUCCCGGAGGUCCCUGCCUCCCAUCCAUGGCACAUUUUCUGCAACGCACACAACUCCCUCUUCACCCGAUAUCUCAACGUGCUGCCUGACUGGGACAUGUUUCAAACAAGCCACCCAUAUGCAUCAUUCCAUGCCGCAGCACGCUGUGUAUCAGGCGGACCUAUCUACAUCACUGACGAGCCCGGAAAACACGAUUUAUCGUUGCUUGAUCAAAUGACAGCCCAGACCGUAACGGAUACCACAGUGAUUCUGCGACCAAGCGUAAUUGGGCGGACUAUCGACAUGUACCACGAUUACAACGAAGGACAUGUCUUGCGCAUUGGGAGCUACACCGGCUGGGCUAGAACGGGCAGUGGAAUCUUGGGCCUUUUCAACAUCCGGUCUGACGAGUCAUCGAGUAUUGUCUCAUUGAUGGAUUUCCCUGGUGUCCAUGAGGAUUCUCGAGGGCAAUAUAUCGUCCGCGCACACACGAGUGGCAAGAUAUCGAAUCUCCUGCGGCCAUUGACCCAGGAUUCACUGGUUUCGAUCGUGCUCGAGCCGAAAGGAUGGGAGAUCCUUACCGCGUAUCCUACGCUGUCGUUUUCAAUGAAGGAGAGCCACGGAGACAGUGUACCCGGUAAUAGUUUGACCCAUGUUGCCGUGUUGGGGCUGCUGGGUAAGAUGACUGGUGCUUCUGCUGUGGUUUCCUCCGACGUAUCUGUCGUUGAGAAUGGCCGCUUACGAUUCAACAUCAGCCUGAAGGCUUUGGGAAUAGUCGGAGUCUAUAUAUCGGAUCUGCAGGAAAGAACCAUCGUGGAUGAUUUCAUGGUCAUGAUCCUAGGGAAACCCGUGCCCCAGAAAAUGGUCUGGAAGGAGGGUGGAGAGGGUUCUAACGUGUUGGCGAUUGAUAUUCAGGCAGCGUGGAAGGCGAUGAAGCUGGACAGCGGCUGGAGUAAUGAGGCCUUUGUGCAAGUGUAUAUGAGUUAA